AGUCAGAAGCACAGCUGCCAUGAAGUUUUGGAGAGACUAAACACCUUCACUGAGGAAAUAGUAUCUAAAAUACUUACCCAGCUCUGCAAUGGAGGAAGGGCAGCCCUGCUCAGGAGAAGACAGCCUGCAGGAAGGCCUAGGGGUUAGAGCCGAGUUUGGGGCAGCUGUCAGUUCCGAUGAAGGAGACGGCUACGAAACCAUAACUCCAUUUAAAGCAAACCAGGAGCAGGCAGAACCUACCAAUCUCUCAGAUGACCAAAGGUCCCGAAGUCCCAACUCUACCAUGACAACUAAAGAACUCCAGGAAUACUGGAGGAAUGAAAAACGCAAUUGCCGGGAGGUCAAGGUCCUUUUCGAAAUUCCGUCAGCUAGGAUUGUAGACAAGCCCUUCUCUAAAUAUGUGAAAUACCAAGUCAUCAUCAUCCAGACGGGCAGCUUCGACAGCAACAGGUCAACGAUUGAACGUCGGUAUUCAGAUUUUGAAAGACUUCACACAAAUCUUUUGAAGGAGUUUUAUGAUGAAAUGGAGGACAUCAUCUUUCCCAAGAAGAGCCUGACUGGGAACUUCACGGAUGAAAUCAUCAUUGAGAGAAAAUUAGCCUUCCAAGAUUACCUGCGGCUUCUGUAUUCCAUGGAGUGUGUCCGGACAUCAAGAAUGUUUAUCGACUUCUUAGUGAGGCCGGAGCUGGAGGAGGCCUACAGUUGCCUUCGGGGAGGACAAUAUACCAAAGCUUUGGAGGCACUUCUGGAAGUUAUAGCUCUGCAAGAAAAACUCACCAAGCAUAGGCCCGCUCUGUUGGUUCCAACUCUCUGUGCUGUAGUUGUCUGUUACAAAGAUCUGGAAAACCCCAGAGGUGCCUAUGAAUUUGGAGAAAAAGCUUUACUACGUCUUGAGAAGCAUCCUGGACACAGGUACUACAUGCCCCUACUGGAAGCAAUGGUCUCCUUAGCGUACGAACUUGGCAAGGACUUUAUAUCCUUCCAAGAGAAGAUGGAGGAGAGAAAGGCCAAGAAGCGUUACGCUAAAAUGGUGACUCUAAAAGAACUUGUAGUUCAAGAGUACAUAUCCUGAGAGGAAGGAGAAUUAGGCUGGGUACACACCAGGGAUUUUUGUGUGUGACAGUACUCAUUGGAGAGUAGGGCAGAGAAAGUGGAUAGAGAAAGUUUGGACUAAAACCCAGAGCAGAUUCCACUGCCCCACUGACAUGGAGCCACUAGCCACCUUGCUUUGAAAUUCAUUUGCUGUUUUUUUCUGUGCUAUUUUUAACUGCUUUUAGGUGUUUUUAUUAUUGUGUACAUCUCCUUGAGACAUAUAUGUGGAAGGCAAUUAAAAUAGCCACAGCACAAAAUGUGUCAAACCAAAACUGGGGAGACCUGGGUUCAACUAUCUCCUUAGUCAUGAGGCUCCACGGGACCACUGAAAGGAUAAAUAAAAUGAGAGGGAGUUUAUACGCUGCUCUGAGCUCCUGGGGGGGGAGGGAGGCAGGAUAAAGGUAAUAUAAACAAUAUAAAUCUGGAUAGUGAGUCCUUUUCAUGUACUAGUUGCAUCAGAAGAGAUGCCCGAUGCAUAGCUACUCUAUAAUGGUCUAACUGUUUUACAAGGAGAGCCCUGUAACAAAAUGUUGCCGCAUGGAGUGCUUUUGCUUAGGGUUCCAGGCACUACAUUCCUCUCCCCCACUUGGAUUUCAGCCAGCGCCACCCACCUACCCACACACAUAUGUCAGCAUUCUGUAGCCAUUGAGCAUGCUCAGACCUCACUGGGUUGUUUCUGAAGGGUGGGGUGGACACACUGGUGCUCAUUCCCAACCACAUAACAAUCUUGGAUUCCCCUAUGAUUGCUGUGAAUCUCUCUCACUGCCAUCCUGGGGGAUAUUUAAAAAAUAGCUUCUCAGUGGGACACUGGACACGAUCUAUCCAAACAAUGAGAUAGAGGGCUACCCCGGUGUACAUGUCCUUUUCUCAGUCCUCCAUUCCCCUCCCACAUGGCUUUCAGUCCCCCCCCCCCAGUCAGUUGGCAUUCUGUGAGUACUGGGCAUGCUCAGUCCUCACUGGACUGCUUAGGGGUCCUCACCUCUGUUCCUCUUAGGGCAGGUGCAGGGAACCUUUGGCCCUCCAGACGUUGCUGAACAAUAACUCCCAUCAUCCCUAGCGAUUGGUCAUGCUUGCUGGAGAUGCUGGGAGUUGUCAUUCAAAGGUUCCCCGCACCUGUCUUAGGGCUUUUUCCCCCUCUAAGGAUUUUUUUUUGGUACCUCUGUAAACCUUGGGGUUCCCUCAAGACUGCGAAUACCUCUCUCUUGCUCAUAGAUAGUGCAAUUUUAAUACAUAAGACUAGAACAGGAAUGGGAAUCUGUGGCCCUCCAAAUGUUGGACUCCAGCUGUCAUCGUCUCAGACUAUUGGCCGUGCUUGCUGGGACUGAUGGGAGUUGGAGACUAGCAAUAUCUGGAGAGCCACAGGUUCACCAGAAUUGAAAAUGGAAAUGGACUGCCUUCAAGUCAAUCCCGACUUAUGGCGACCCUAUGAAUAGAGUUUUCAUGGUAAGCGGUAUUCAGAGGGGGUUUACCAUUGCCUCCCUCUGAGGCUGAGAGUCUGUGACUGGCCCAAGGUCACCCAGUGAGCUUCAUGGCUAUGUGGGGAUUUGAACCCUGGUCUCCCAGGUUGUAGUCCAGCACCUUAACCACUACACCACACUGGCAAUGGCCAUGGGUUUCUCCAAGGAACCAUGAGAAUUGUAGUUUGCUGAGGCUGAUGAUAUCUUUGCAUCAGAAAUCACAAGACAGAGAACGACUGUACCCAGAGUUCCCUGGGAAUGACUCUCAAGCCAAUUUAAGUCUGAGAUGAAGAUAUACCUUCUGUUUGGGUUUUCCCUUUUUAUUAUUAUUUUAGCACCUCCUGGAGCUUCAGUUAGGAUGACUCUCUCUUGACAAAUCAAUAACGGGCCUCAGUCAGAACACAAGUAUGGAGCCGUUUCAUCUCAAAAGAACAGGAGAUGGCUAACAUCUGCUUGAUGCUCUUCAUAAGCCUCAGAAAAGCACACACUGCAGACAACCCCCCUUCCCCAGAAAAGGAAAUUUAAAUAAAAUCUGGGCAGACAGUGUUGAACAGCCUCAGAGAUUUGUACUACAAGCAGCUACGUUUGGGCCCAUUUCCAUACCAAUUAUUACAUCAUUUGGGCCAUUAAGCAGAUAACAGCUCAGACAGCACUCUCUAAAACGACAGAGGAAGUCCCAAAAGGUGCUGGGUUGGUUCUGAAACACUAGCAGGUGAGUUAUUUCCUGCACAAUGCAGCAACUCAUAUACAGGGGCUCCUCUGCUCCUCCCCACUUUGGACCCUCAAUCAGCACUCAUUAGCUGAUCAUUCAAUUUUGUGUGCCCAAAUAAGGCUUAAGGUGUGCCACCUCCAUUCGCUGCUUCCACCUGCCCUUCCCUCAGUUCAUUGCAGAAUACUAAAGAGUUUCACUCGCUCAAGUCAUCUGGAAUUACUUCUCUGCAGUGCACCCAUUCUCCAUCCACAGCACACUAAGGCCUGGAUUGGUUUGUUGGGGAAAACACUCACUGGGUUCAAAACCAGGAUAAAGGGGACUAUGGGAGCUGUAAUGUCCCCAAGGCCCCCUGCAGUUGCAAGAUUGGCUCAGGAAUUGUUUUCAUGCUUCCCCAAGACAAGCUUUGAAAACCUCUCCCAUUCCUAGAUGCAAUGCCACUAUUUGCAGAUCAAACAGAUGGAUCUGUGUCAAUAUUUUUUUAAUGUUUUAAAGGAUUGUACAAUAAUACAAAAUAAAAAGAGUAAAAAGGAAUCAAAAAGGAAAAUUAGAAACAGGAAAAGAUCUGCGAGAGUGUUAUACAUGGUGUUGUUUAUAUCGAUAUUUAGAGUGAGACAGUAAUAUUUUAUUUGUAAAGUAUUAGAAAAGAAGAAUUAUAGUGUUGUGGUUAGUUGCUUUCCUUGUAAAAGUGACCCAAAGCAACUUACAACAACAUAAGUUUGAAAUAAGUUGGACGGGGGUAUAUUGACCAUGAUUUUAUCAUUCCAGGAGUUGAUGAAGAGAGCCCACCUUUCUAUAAAUAUGUUAAUUUACAGGUCUUAUUAAAGAUCUUUUUCGACAA